UCUCAAACCUGCCCCCACGGCCCUUCUCUCCCGGUUCCUCUCGAAACCUGGUCCAGGCACCACGCCCCCUUCUCACUGACUAAUGUCUGCUCCUUUUGAUGUCCUGGCUCGCCUUUUUGGUGACCUUUGAUCCUAGAACUAGUGGGGUUGAUUGGGGCUUGAAUCUGUCACCUUUCAUCCCUUGGCCCCAUGGUGGUCCCAACCAAAGGAUGUGGUUGACCUGCCCUUCCUGCUUCCCCACAAUAACUUCAAGGGAGGAGGGAGUGUACCACACUGAAAGGAAUGUUGAUCUGCAGCAGCAAAUUAUGACCAUUGUAGAUGAACUGGGCAAGGCUUCUGCUAAGGCCCAGCAUCUUCCUGCUCCCAUCACCAGUGCAUCAAGGAUGCAGAGUAACCGCCACGUUAUGUAUAUACUCAAAGAUACUUCAGCUCGACUGGCUGGAAAAGGAGCCAUUGUUGGCUUCCUUAAAGUUGGAUAUAAGAAACUCUUUGUACUGGAUGACCGUGAGGCUCACAAUGAGGUAGAACCACUUUGCAUCUUGGACUUUUACAUCCAUGAGUCACUUCAACGCCAUGGCCAUGGACGAGAACUCUUCCAGUAUAUGUUGCAGAAGGAGCGAGUUGAACCACACCAACUGGCUAUUGACCGACCCUCACAGAAGCUGCUGAAGUUCCUGAAUAAACACUACAACCUGGAGACCACAGUCCCACAGGUGAACAACUUCGUGAUCUUUGAAGGAUUCUUUGCCCAUCAGCAUCCUCCAGCAAGGAAGCUGCCACCCAAGAGAGCAGAGGGAGACAUAAAGCCAUACUCCUCUAGUGACCGAGAAUUUCUGAAGGUAGCUGUGGAGCCUCCCUGGCCCUUGAACAGGGCCCCUCGCCGUGCUACACCUCCAGCCCACCCACCCCCGCGCUCCAGCAGCCUGGGAAACUCACCAGAACGGGGUCCCCUCCGCCCCUUCGUGCCAGAGCAGGAGCUGCUGCGUUCCCUGCGCCUCUGCCCCCCGCACCCCACCGCCCGCCUUCUGCUUGCUACUGACCCAGGGGGCAGCCCAGCCCAGCGUCGCCGCACCAGGUAAUAGGAGCUGGAGGGUUAGGGAACGUCACGACUGUCAGACAGGGUGUUAGAAAUGGCAGAGGGCAGUGUAAAUCCAUCAGAGACAUGAAGCAAUAGGACAGGAGGACUGGAGAGUCCUGAAACCUUUCAAGAAGAAUAUAUUGGAAAAUAUUUAUGGGAGUGGUCUGGAAAUAAAUUACAGUGAAGGAGCAGAAUAGGACUUUAUGUAGAGUCUAGGGACUCUGGUUUAAGUGAGAGCUGGGAGGAAGCGUAGGAAGAACACAGAUCUGUUGGGUGGGUGACUGAGCCUCUAAGAUUGGGGAAAUCAUGGUUCAGCAUUUGCUGGGAAGGGGCAGGAUCUCUGACACAGUUUGGGGAGCCACCAGCCCUGGGUCAGUGCCUUGUGUGGCAGGAGCCCAUCCCAGCAGGCAGAGAAUGGGCCUCUCCUUUUUUUCUCUCCCCAGCUUUCUCUUCACCUCUGACUUCUCUUUCUGUUUUUCUCUCCCCCCCAUUUCCCCUCUCCCCUCCUCCUGUCCAUAACAUCCUUCCACAGCUCCCUUCCCCGCUCUGAUGAGAGUCGAUACUGACAGACAGCUAAGCCCCUCCCCUCCCUGGGAGACCUGGCGAGGGCAGAGACCCCCCUCCCUGAGAACCCCAGACCGGAUCUUCCAUUGUAUCCCCCAACAUCCAGGGGAACCUGACAGAGCCCAUAGGAUUCCCUCUUCCCCUUUCUUGGACAACUGGGUUGUCAGGGUCCCAGAUGGCCUAAUGCUUUGUAGCUUUUCUUACCAUAGAAAGCACCCCCUCUCUCCUAAUCGGGCUCUGAACACUCUCCCACAGACAGCCCAUUUGCUGCCAGACUUCUUGGUUGGGCGGUUCCUACUAAUUAUCCAGAGAAGCAUAGUCUUGCUUGCAGUCAGAUUCUAGAACACCAUGGAAGGUCCAAGGGCCUCCUCUACCAGGGAAACCUUUUAAAGAGUCUUGUCCAUGGAAUGAAUCCUAUAGUCCCACUACACUGUCUCCUGGUAGCUCUAAUACUGCUUCGUGCUACUGACCACAGCUACCCUAUCAGCCUGCUGACGCCAGCCAGUGAGUGAGCUCUGCUUCAGAGCAGUCCAGUCAGGUAGGACAGGGACUUACCAGCUCCCCAGGGGAUCCACUCAACAUUGCCAAACUCUUAAUUUCCACAUGCUGUGUGUAUGUGUAUCUGUCAGGGGACCCCCAAGCUGAUGUCUGCUUUGAGGCUCUAGACUCGCCCCACUUCUACAGACACCACCACUUCCCCUGGGUCCAGGUUCUGUGAGGGAGUUUGUUUCUUGGCAGUAGAUCCCAGCAACCACCCUAGGAUCACUCUUAGCCAAGUUUCAGAAGCUAAGCCUGAGUCUCAAGGCUCUAUUAGCUCCUGGAAUACCCUCUCGCAGCCAUCCCUCCCUGGUCGCUAGAUACUGAUAGAUUCCUGUCUUGUGAGAUUGUCUUGAGAUGAUGGGGGAACUCCUCCUCUGGCCUUCCUUUCUUCUUUCCUCCAUAGCAAGAACCUUCUUCCCUGCUCCAUACCCAGGGUAUAGAACAUCCUUCCCCCUCCCUACCCUCUGGAUGUGUGCUAGUUCAGAUACCCCUACUGUAUUCCCCCAAACCCUUGGGAGCAGGAUCUCCCUCUCUUCUGACUCACUCCUUUUUCUUCUCCCUCUCAAUGUUGUCUGAAUAAAGUGUGAAUUCUUUUGUGUUUUUUAAAUGGACAUUUUCAAUGAUUAAAAACUACAAAAGAAAAAAAAAAACACCAAACAAACCUUAAGGUCUCAGCCUCGUUUGUGCAUCACCCCUUAUUUUCCUGGGAUCUCAGGACCUCUGUCCCUCUCUCUCCCUCACCUCUGAGAUCUGCAGAUCUUCCAGCAAGGAGUCUUAGAGCUCCCCUUGCAGGAUCUGGUGUCUGCCUGUCCCCAUCUUCAUUGUGGGAUCUUCUGCGGAUUGUCUCCUCUCAUGUAGUCACUGGAUCCCUCUGUGUAGCCUUCUACAUCUACUCCUCCAUUCUCUCCAGAAACCUCUAGCUCUCCCUAGUCACUUCUACCCUUUACCCCAGGCCAGCCCUUGCUGAGAUGUUAAGAUUUACUAACAUCUCUGGGAUCCACUAAUUGCCUCCUGAUAACAGUCCCCUAAUUGUUUCCUGAAUUCCUCUUCCCGCUGAUUUCCUGGCCUCUCCCUCACUAAACCCUUGGAUCUCUUUCUCAAGACAGUCCUUUUCCUAAAUUCAGCCUUACCACUCCCUAUAUCCCUCUGGCUGAGGUAUCCUAAAAUUAAGGUAAUCAUGUUUUCCAAACCAAACAUCAGGGCACCUGGUCCGACAAAAAAAAUUUUUUUUGCAUAUAUGUGAAUCUGGUUGUGUGUGUUUGUUUUUGGCCGAACCACACGGCUUGUGGGAUCUUAGUUCCCCAACCAGGCCCCAACCAGGGAUCGAACCUGUGCCCCCUGCAGUGGAAGCAUGGAGUCCUAACCACUGGACCGCCAGGGAAUUCCCCUGAAUUUGUUUUUAUGACAUGAUUUGGAGCACAUUUGGCCUUACUUUUAACACAUUACCUCAACUAGGAGUAAUAAAGCAGCAAGUCAGGACUGCUUCAGAAAAUCUUGGGGUAUAAAAUGAGCUCCCUUCCCUUUUCUGGGGCACAACUUAGAUUAAAAUCCCAUAGGAAUGAUAACUACCCCUCUCUCUGUUCCUGUGCUGUUCCUUUUAUUAUUCUCCUCUGAUUCCUUCAUACCCACUCAUCUUUCAUC